UGAUAACUAUGUGUUCUUCACGUCUUCUUCUUUGGAGGACCCUUGUCAUACGAAGCCUACAUUAUUGUUGUGUUGUUGACUCAGAUGAUGACCCUGUUAAGGAUUAUUAUAAAUUCUCUAGUGUUCUUCCAAGAAAAUUGGAGGAGGGUCUUCCUGGGAAGACACUUACAACUUAUCAAUCACACUUCUGCAGAAAUCUUUGUAGGCCGAGGAAGGUCGGAAGCAUUUUGGAGAUACACUCCGGCAGUGCUAAAUGCAGUUGUUUUACGAUAUGCUUGAAGAGCGUCCACACUGCAGAUCUUGAUUACGCCUUCGAGUUCUUCUGGCCACGAGGUCGAAACUACUUAAUCGUGUUGGAGUCUCUGCUGUCAAUACUAAAGAUGUGUCUGCCAAGUUUUAAGUUUCCUUUUGGUGCCGAACUUGGUGAAGAAUUAUGCAUUUUGGAUGUUGAGAAUUCUACAAAAAGUAUAAGCGGAUCUUUCAAGAUUUUCAAAGGGGACAGAUUGUCAAAUACACUUGGAGCCAUGGAAGAAACAAGGUCUAUUGCUGAUGAGGCCGGACAGCAAUACGAAAGCACCUUGGAAGAAUCUGAAAGGGGCACCAAUGAUCAGUGGCUGCGACCAAAGCAUGCGAAGAGAAAGUUAUCCGGCCUGUCUGACGGUGAGGAUGAAGCUGACAUUGACCGGUUUUGGGAUUCUGAUCAUGACAUGCUAAUAGAAGUAUAUUAUAAAAAUGAAUUCGCCCUAUUCCAUCUCUGUAGCUCAUAUACACUCGCAAAUGUUAGGAAGAUUAUUGAGGAGAAAUUUAUGUUGGAUCCUGGCACUUACGGCUUGGGUUACCAGACUAAGGAGUGGGGCUGGGCUGUUCUAAAUACAGAUGAAAAAUUGGCAAACUGCAAAAAACACUCUAGAAGGGACCAGAAGAGUCGUUUUAAAGUUAGUGUGCUGCCAUUACCACCAAGGGGAUUCUCAGUUCAACAUGCUAAGCCACUAUAUGAACUCUUCUCAGGUAAAAGAAAAUUUUUAUCAACCAAAGUUAGCAAGUAAACUCUUGGCUAGUAACAAUUUGAUAUUGUUAGAUGUUAAUUUUGCUCACUUGGGCUAAGUUUGGAAUGGUUUUGGAUUAGGGUGUUGACUGUUGGUUUCAGUAUAUUAUUAUAAAAAUGACUUUCCUUGCGUGUGCAUCAAA